AUGAGGCCGCGGCCGUGGCUGCUGGCUGCUUGGGCAACUGCGGGGGAAUGUGCGGACCUGCGGGGCAAGAGCGACGACUUCUGGACCUGCGCAGGCGACGGGGUCUUGUGGCAUCGCCUCCGGGAGACGGUACGCUAUGUCAUGUGGACCCCUUCCACUCCGUUGCGCACCUCCGUGGAGCACGUGGUUCCGCUGCUGCCUUUGUGGAUGACGUUGGGCACAGGCCACGAGAAUAGGUCCAAGGUGGCGGAGAGUGCCGUCUGCCCCGCGGGGGAGGUCUUCUUCAUGUUGCUUCACUUCCUCAUGUCCCAGAUGGAGCAGGUCCGGUUUGACGGGUCCAUCGACAUGAACGGCCUUGUGGAUGCCCUUGCCAUGCUCAGAGUGAGGAUCCCCUCGAUGUCGGCGGCGCUGCGGUCCACCUGGCCCAUCUUCGGGCUGUUGGCUCUCAUCCAGCAGCAGUUGUUGCGCCUGGGCAAAGGCAGCACAGCUCCCUCGCCCUCAGCACCUUUGACGGACAAGGCCGCUCCCUUUGGUGAGGCACUGCGCCCCUUUGCCCGCAUCUGCGAGGAGGGGCUCGAGCUCUUUGAGUUGCUGCAGGCUUGGCUGGAGGCGCCGGGGCUGCUGCCAGGCCUCCCCUUGUCCGCCCGCAGCUCUGCAGAAGUCUCCGGGGAGCUCCCAGAACGGGGGGCUUCUGCUUCUUCCUAA